AUGGCGCACCUCACGCCAGACUUGCAGAAUUAUUUUGGCCACAUGCGACAGCAGGGAGGCGUUGUCGUUGAAAGUGAAAAACCCCCAGGCCGGACCCAAUUCGACCGACUCCUCCAUAUCGGCCGAUCCUCCAUCCCGCUGUGUGUCGACGCUCUGAAAGCCGCAGUCAAAGAAGCAAAGGCUGGCGGGGAUGUAAGCAGAUACAACGAGGCCUGGGAGAACAUCAGGGUCGCAGCGCCCUACGAGCCGGAGGCUAUCAAGGAUGAGGAGUGGAUUAAACGCCAAAACGACAUCAACAAGAAGGAAUCUACUCGUCUGGAGUCCAACCUUUCAGGGUAUAAACAAAAUGGAAUCAAAGAAAGCAUACGUAUGGGCAACGAGGACCUGGGUCAACACUACGAACAGAUCGGCAAGUUGCGAGAGGCCUCUGACGCCUAUGGCCGUAUGCGGCACGAGGUCAGCACGACGAAGCACAUUAUGGAUUGCUGUCAGCGGUUGAUCAGCGUGGCACUCCAGCGGAGAGACUGGUCCUCGAUCAUCAGCAACAUUGCUAAGAUCAACAGUAUCCAGGGCGUAGAGGAUGAUCGUGGUAUGCAGCCAUACAUUAAGAUCGUAUCGGGCAUCGGAUAUCUCGGGAAAGGGCUCUUCAAGGAGGCCGCCGACAACCUGCUCCAAGCAGAUUUGAGUGCCCCCGCCGAUACGUUCAACGACAUUGCCACGCCUAACGAUGUUGCCAUCUAUGGAGGUCUUCUCGCACUGGCGGUUAUGGACCGUGACCGCUUGCAGACGCGCGUGCUCGACAACCCCCAGUUCAGGGUUUUCCUCGAGACAGAAAGUCACAUCAGAAAGGCCAUCACCCACUUUGUCAGCGGUCGAUAUUCUGCAUGCCUGUCCAUUCUCGAAUCAUACAAAGCGGACUAUCUGCUUGAUAUCUACCUGUCGAAACAUGUCGAGACCAUCUUCUCGCGGAUUCGACAGAAAUGCAUCACCCAGUACUUCGUACCCUUUUCGUGCGUCACACUCGACAGUCUCAACGAGACAUUCGCACACGACGGUCAAUCUAUCGAGGCAGAGCUGGUGGAUAUGAUCCGCUCGGGAAGUCUCAAUGCCAGGAUCGACUCGGAAUCCAGGUUGCUUGUUGCCGUGCAGUCGGAUCCUCGGUUAGAGAUGCAAUAUGCUGCGUUGAAGGCUGCGCGCAAAUACGGGGACGAGGCGAAAGAGCGUCUGCGUCGCAUCAACCUCAUUGCUGCGGGUCUGGAAGUGAAGGCUGGCAAGCAGCAGCCUGGAGGAGAGAUAGCAUGGGCUGAGGGCGCGCCACUGGGUGCAGUUUCCUAGUAGAUCCUCCGGGGCACCAUGACUUUCAUUGCAUUUUGGGGGGUUGAUCAGCUGCCAGACCCGAUUCACCCAAAGGCUGCAGCAAUAUCGAACCGAUGGCGUUCUGGUCAGCAUUCAUAAAACAUUGGCGCCUGGGCCAUGGGUUUCGGUAGCAUCGUUGUGGAUGGGCAGCAGACUCUUUCGCGCCACCACAUAGGAACAAGGACUCCAUGUGCAGUAAGCAUAGAUACGUUGGUCGGGAAAGAAGUGAGACGGCUUGGUAUCAUGUGUUGUGUCCGUUGUGUUGGUCGAAGUACUGUGCACACAUCUG